AUGCCGGACCCUCUACCAACAGAGGUGAAGCAGACGCCUAACCGCCGCAAACCUGGCGCUGGCAGCCGUCGGCCUAACCGCAAGAACUACGCUUCCGAAAACGACGUGGCUAAGGCAGAUCCUACCUUCCAGCCGGACUUCGCCCACGAUAAGAAGAAGAACAAUAACGGCCCGGGGCCAUCGACACCCCAAAAGACGCAAAAGAAUGCCGUCUCUUCGAAAAGCCCAGCACCAGCCUCACAGGCUGCCUCUGGCAAGGCGGGCAACCGCAGCAACAGGAACCAGCAGAACAACAACCCAAAUUCUCCCUCGGCCAAGCCCGGUCGACGCACGCCUCCUCACACGGUUGGUCCAAAGCCUGCAGGAGCCGCUGGUUCCGUCGCAGCUUUUGCCGGUGCAACAUUCCAUGCCUCGCCUGCUCCCUCGUCCCUGCCGCUGCCCAGCUUCUUCACAAAGGCAGACUCUCCGGGAACACCUAGUGCUCGUCCUUUGAGCGGUUUGAGCCAGCAGCCAUCGCCUCCCGCGUCGGACACCGAACUGCCGUCUGCCACUGCGACUAAUGCAGCCGACGCACCCUCAGCAGCUCGCCGGAAUCCUCUUUUACCGACUAGCGGUGCUGGCAUCCCACAUGCUCGGGACGAGUCCCCUCUCGACAUCCUGUUCCGGGCUGAUCGGGCUGAAAAGGAACGAAACAGGCGGGCGAGCUCGGCAAACAUCUACGGGGCCCCUUCGCAAGCAAUGGCCGACAAUUCAAACAGCAACACCUUCCCUCGCGAUCUUGCACAGCAGCAGCAGCAGCAGCAGCAGCAGCAGUCGACGCGCCGGCCAGGCCCGACCUUACGCAAUUCGAGUUCGGGGAUAUCCGCUGCUGAACUUGACGGGACGCCUGGUCAGCCCAUGGGUCCGGCUUUUUCCACGCCGUUUCAGGAUCGCAUUCGCGCCGCCCGUCCAGCGGAGAGCAAUGGCACCUCUGGCCCAGGGACUCCGGGAGGUUUUAGAGACCUUGCAGCUGGAACUGCACCCUCUCCGCUUGCUGGUGUGCCCUACAACCAACAACUCCCUGCGGCCAGUGUUGAUGACCGCAGCGAGGCCCUGAAGAGAUUUCUUUUCUCAAAGACGGGUGCUUCUGCGCCGUCGCCCCCCGUACACCCCACGGCGUCUGCUCCCACCACCCCUACUCGGUAUCCCGGCCAACCUGGAGGCGCUCAACAGCCACCGAUGUACAACGGCUCGCCGUACCAGAACAUGUACUCUACAUCGUCUGCGAAUGGGACGCCUAACCAUCAAGGCUACCCCAAUGGUCGGCCUCAGGCGACCCCGAGCCGGCCAAACGGCGGCAAUGGUGGUGGCUCUUCUCAUAUUGCGGCCAUGGAGGACAGCCUUCGCCAGAUCCUUAAGCUGGAUUCACCUUUUGGCGGGGCCCCGUCGCCUGGUAUCUACCGCCAAUCUUAG